AUGCUAAAUCCUGAGAUUUUUGAAGUCCGAAGUACGUUGCAACGGUGGUCAUCCCAGGCUGUAUUUGGAUUCCGAGGACGCAGCAAUGCAACGCUGAAGAACACGCUUUCCUUAGCGUUCUGUAACGUUCUGCUGGAACAACCAAGCCAGCAGGUAUCCUUACCAUUCUUGAAUUCUUUUCUUAACGCGUCCUCUCGUACUUCGCAGCUUCUUUUUGCUGCCUGCGAUGGUCAAGUAAGCUUCCACUUUUGCAAGACCAUUCCGGAGGACAACAACAAGCCGAUCUACUUGUACAUCAAUAGCGCGGGCGGAUCCGUGAUUUCUGGCUUGUCCAUCUACGACACUAUGCACAUCAAGUCCCCCGUGAUCACCAUCAAUGUCGGCCUUGCAGCCUCCAUGGCCUCUUUCCUGCUCGCAGCGGGCGAGAAGGGCAAGCGCAUUGCCCUGCCUCACAGUCGGAUUAUGAUCCACCAAGCCAUGGGUGGAGCGCAAGGCCAAGCUGAGGAUAUCAAGGUCGAAGCUCAGCAGAUUCUGCAAAUUCACGAGAACAUAGUCAGGAUGUAUGCCCGUGUGACAGGCAAAGACCAGGACACCAUCAGAGAGGACCUCAUGCGGGACAACUUCAUGUCAGCAGAGCAGGCAAAGGACUACGGACUCAUCGAUCAGGUGAUCCAGCUGACCGACGCGUCCGACCUGAAGGCGGUGGCGGAGAAGGUCUCCGAAGCUGGGGAUGCCCCCAAGGAGUCGUCGGCUCCGCCAUCCCCACCACCCGAGGUCCCAGACAAAUCAGAUGAUGGAGACGAGGAUGACGUGAAGCCACAGAUGUGA